AUGUUCGGGUUGAUGGAAAUAACGGCACCUACCGUACCAGAUAGUAAAACGCGACUUGGAAAUUCUACGAUUACUUCCGAAGAAAAAAAUGAUGGUAAUCUGAAACCGGAGCAGGAGAAAAAACGUUUUGAUCCAAAAAAAUAUGAUUCCACUAAUACGAGUAGUAUCGAAAACAACACUGGGAAAGUAGAAAACUGGUUAGCAAGUCAAUACUGUGACGCAAUAUCUCUUUCACCUUCCCCAAAUUACUGGAGUUGCGAUAAAGAAAAUAGAUUAGUUUUUCAUGAAAACCAAAAUGAUUGCUCACAAACACUUACAAGAAAACCCGAGCCCCAUUCUUCAGUUUUACUGUCUCCAAAUCAAAAUAUACACAAUCAAGAUCAAACCGAAAAUUCGCCUGAAUAUAUCCCAACUAAACAGUUGCCAUCUAGAAAAGCGAUACCAGCCAAUAAAUACGCAAUUUCCCCUCUAAACACCGAUGAAAGAGACAUUGAUUUGAGUGAUGAUGACCCCACUUACAACACUAAAAAGGAUCAAAAUACAGUUAAACGUUUUAAGAAGAAACUGAUAUCCAAUCAAGUGCAUUGUUCCGAUUCUAGAAGUCCAUCAAAAUGCAAUAGUUCAUCAAAAGUAAAUUCUCAGACACGCAAAAGUACAUCUAGUAGUUCAUCUCAUAGCUCUUCAUCAACAAGUAGUUCAUCAAGUAGCAGUUCAUCUAGCAGUAACUCAUCAUCUAGUAGCACGUCAUCUAAAACUCAUACAUCAACUGAAGAAAAUAAUACUCCUGUUGUUACCAGCAGAAAAAGGAAGCGUGACACUACAAAAUGGAAACAAAAUAUUGCCAAAGUUGCGAGAAACAGCGGUCAAGCUUACACUUCUUGUUCAAAAACCAAACGCAAAUGUAAUGCGCACAGUAUGAAACCUCCAUGUUCACAAAAGUGUAGAUUAAAAUGCUCUGAACAGAUAGACGAAGACAUGAGGUUGUCCUUGUUUAAAAAAUAUUGGGAACUAAAGAUUAUUAGUCUUCAGUGGUCUUAUAUUAAUACUUGCAUGACUGAAAUCACGCCAAAAUAUCAUUAUUCUAACGCUGAAAACCCCAGAGGAUACAACCACGCAUUCUAUUUUACUGUCAAUAGUCGGAAAAUAUGA